UUCUACUCAUAUAUAGUAAUUAACAUAACAUAAACAAUACACAUAUGGAAACUCAUUCUCAAAGUAACUUAACAAUGGCUUUGCAGGUUGUGCUUCUCCUUCUCCUGUGCCUAACAACUGCGACAACAUCAUCAUCGUCAGUCAUGUCAGAGCUGGCAAAGCCCGGCUGCCCAGAUAAAUGUGGGAACAUCACCGUUCCCUACCCAUUCGGCAUGGGAGACGACCCGCGCUGUUACAGAGAAGAAUUUGGCUUCCAACUAAUCUGCAACCACACUUUCACCCCUCCUAAAUUGUUUGCACCAGGUAUUUCCAUUCGUGAAGACAGAAAAGGGGAGGAAAUCGAUUAUUGGUCUACUGAUAAAGUAGUGGAAGUUGAAGAAGUAUCAUUGCAAGGCCAACUGCGCGUCUAUUCAUUUAUGGGCUACAGUUGUUACAACAAUUCCUCGAUCGUUAGCCCUAACACGACCUCAUUCCUCAUGAAUAUGAGCGAUACGCCCUACACUUAUUCCGACACCCAUAAUAUAUUCACAGCCAUCGGUUGCGACGCUCGAGCCUACAUUGUUUCUGGCAUUGCUAGUACCGUCUGGUAUCGAGGCCGCCGGUUUCAACACGGAUGCUUCAGCUUUUGUGAAGGAAAAAACAAGACUCUGGAAGGGACCAAUCCAGGGAUGGGUUAUUGCCAGACCACCAUCCCCAAUACCAGGGGACUAAAGUAUUUUUCUUGUACUCUGGAGGCCGUAAACAAGAAUUUCUCUUCCUCCGAUUUCAAUCCAUGCUUAUUCUCUUUCAUGGCUGACAAGGAGUGGUACAACUUUUCGGUAGCUGAUCUUUUUGGCUUUGAUUUCUAUACCAAGAACAGAGGAAGGGUUCCAACAGUAAUGGACUGGUCAAUAGAAAAUGAAUCUUGCGAAAAUGUUACAAUGAGAAACGCAACUACUUACGCAUGUGGCAACAACAGCGGAUGUCAUAAGUCUCCUAACGAGCUUGGAUAUCUAUGCAAAUGUUUGGAUGGCUACCAAGGCAACCCUUAUCUCCAACAUGGAUGCCAAGAUAUAAAUGAAUGCUCGGAUCCUACCUUGAAUGACUGCUUACCAUCAACGAUUUGCACAAAUACGGCUGGGAGUUACAAUUGUUCUUGCCCAUCUGGUACAGAGGGCGACGGAAGACGAAAUGGGAGUGGUUGCAUCCCUAUUCCUCCUCCACCACCUUCACAGACAAAAUUUCGAGUGAUUCAAGUCUGCAUAGGUAUAGGUUUAGGUAUGGUGCUACUUCUAGCUAGUUAUUGGUUGUACCAUGUUUUGAAGAAAAGACAAAUAAAGAAACGCAAAGGAAUUUUCUAUAAAAGAAAUGGUGGCAUGCUAUUAGAACGACAAAUUUCAUCAAAAGAAGGCAAUGUUGAGAAAAUAAAAGUUUUUACGGUAGAUGAAUUAGCAAAGGCAACUGAUCAAUAUAAUGAAAAUCGAAUUCUUGGUCAAGGGGGACAGGGUACAGUUUAUAAAGGUAUGCUAUCAGAUGGAAGAAUUGUAGCUAUCAAGAAAUCCAAGAUAGUAGACGAGAGUCAACUUGAGCAAUUCAUCAAUGAGGUUGUCAUACUUUCUCAAAUCAAUCAUAAGAAUGUGGUUAAAUUGUUGGGUUGUUGUUUAGAGACAGAAGUUCCUCUACUGGUUUAUGAAUUCAUCUCUGGUGGAACACUUUUCUACAAUAUCCAUUAUCAAAGUGAAGAUUUCUUGUUAACAUGGGACAAUCGCUUAAGAAUUGCCACAGAAGUUGCAGGAGCAAUUGCUUACUUACACUUAGCAACUUCCAUACCAAUUUACCACAGAGACAUAAAGUCUUCAAACAUCCUCUUGGAUGACAAAGGUAGGGCUAAGGUGUCUGAUUUUGGGACUUCAAGAUCAAUUGCAAUUGAUAAGACUCACUUAACCACUAUGGUACAAGGGACCUUUGGAUAUUUGGAUCCUGAGUAUUUUCAGUCAAGUCAACUCACAGAAAAGAGUGAUGUUUAUAGCUUUGGGGUUGUUCUUGUGGAGCUCCUAACCGGGGAGGAACCAAUUUCUUUCACUAGACCAUUAGAAGGGAGAAGCAUAGUCACAUAUUUCAUUUCUGCAAUAAUGGGGAAUCGUCUUUUUGAAAUUCUUGAUGCUCAAGUCUUAAAAGAUGGUAGAAAACAUGAACUCCAAAAGGUUGCCAACAUUGCAAAGAUAUGCUUGAGUUUAAAUGGAAAGGAAAGGCCAACAAUGAAAGAAGUUGCAUUGGAGCUCGAGGGAUUGAGGAGGUCUGAAGGAUAUUCUCAUGUUGAAUGAAACAUUCAAGAGGUAGAAUGCAUCAUAGAUAAACCAAUGGGCCUUUGGGAUACAUGUUCAACUUCAACAGGAUGCAAAAGUAUAGAAAAUAGUUUCAAAACACAAGUUGAUGAACAACCAUUACUGCAGAA